CUAUUUAUUUGUGAACAUAUUACAUUAACAAAAAAUAAAGUAAACUUCUUUGUACAAAAUGUGACUGCAACAUUGCAGUAUUAUGAAAUAUUGCUUAAUAUGCAUGUAUAUUCUGACCCAUUUUAAUAGCUGACACAACAAAACAACGUAUCUUUAACAAAACCAGCAGCCAUUUGCUAACUUCCAUUGAGUUCUUGCAAAAAAUUCAGUCAGCCUGAUCGAUGUAAGUGUAACAUUAAAUUAUAUGCAAACAUUUUUAACACGUACAAUAUAAAUUUUGUCUCUUUUACAGAAGAAAAUGUACUUCAUAUAUUUAUUAGUAGUUUUUUGCUUCUCAUCUGUAUUUACAAAUCAAAUUAAAUCAAAAACCUUAAACAAUACUCAUGAUUUUACAACUACUGAAUUUCCAAACGAUUGUGCUUGUGGAAUUUUUUUAACUAGUCAAUUUAAAAAAGGUAAUAAAGAAUCACCUGCAGGAAAUCCUGCUCUUAUCCACGAUCAACCUGGAACAUUUUCAUGUACUCCAGCUGGAAAGAGGCUCUGCACAAAUAAAUGUCUAGAAACUAUUAUUAAAUAUCUUCCAAAUAGUUCUACAAUGAUAUGUAGUUCAAUAGAACGUGACAGCUAUAAAGAGAGAGCUUACUUAUUUAUUAAGAACUGUAAAAGCCAGUGGAUUAAUACAAAUCUGUCAGCUGGAAAGGAAUACUGCUGCAAAAAUGGAACAUCAUACAAAUGCCCAAUAUUUUAAAAUUACUGUGACC